CUGGCAGUUGGUGUUGAGGCUCCUGCGCGCGGGGUCACUGGUCUGUAGCGGCUCGCGCGCCCUCGCUCUCUGCUCGCGCUGAGAGGCGGAUCGGGCUUGUGCCCCUGAGGGGAGGCUGCGCCGCGAAAAGCAGUUCCGGUUCCCAGCUCUCGGUGUGGGGAGGCGGUUAGGUGGCGGCUGGGCUGGUCCGGCGACCUCUCUACUCCCGCUAUGGCGGUGACCCAUGAAACAGGGCUGUCCCCACAGGCGCCACCACAGGCCCAGGAUCCGUGUGGGGGAGACCAGGCCACCUGGAGCCAGAGCCCCAGGGUGGUGCCCCACGGGAGCCAGGAGCAGGGAAGUCCCGCGGCCCCCAGCGGAACUGAAACGGGAUGUUCUAGAACAUCAGUCAAAACAGAUAUAAUUUCUAAAGGCACUGUCACAGAAAAAAUGCAGGCAAACAAAAAGACAGAGGAUAUGACAAAUUACAUGGAUGAUUUAACUCUCAGCUCACCAAAAGAGAGAGAUUCUCACGCAAAGUCCAAAACUAGUCGGGGCAGAUCAUCUUCAAGGUCAUCUAGCAGAUCAUCUUGCAGUUCACGAUCCAGUUCAAGCACUUCUUCAACUUCCUCAAGGAGUUGGAGCAGAUCUGGAAGCAGAUCAAGAUCACGAGCUAGAAGAAAUGGUUCCAGAAGGUAUAGAAGAUACUCAAGAUCAUAUUCCAGAAGUCGGUCAAGAUCACAUAGCCUUCGAUACAGAGGAAGGUACUAUCCUAGAACCUACAGGAGAUACCACCGUUCUCCUCCAAGGUAUAGAUCACGCAGCAGGUCCCGGUCUCAUGGAAGAUCAUGGUCUCGUGGAAGACCAUAUUAUAGAAGAUCCUUUUCAAGAAGCAGAUCACGAUCAAGAGGCCGAAGAUACUAUGGAUUUGGGAGAACCAUAUACCCUGAGGCUUACAGAAGCUGGAGAAGCAGAUCAAGAACAAGAUCUCGUAGCAGAACACCUCUGCGCUUAAGUGAAAAAGAUAGGAGGGAGCUCUUAGAAAUUGCAAAGGCUAAUGCUGCAAAAGCCCUGGGAACAGAUAACGUAGUCUUGCCAGCUAGCUUGAGAGUCUACAGCCUAUCCAAAGAGACAAAUGGUGGAAAAUGCAGAAGUGAAGAUUCUGCUGAGUCUACUGAGCAAUCCAGAAGACUAACAGCAGACUUAACCAAAAGUGGAACUGAGAGAGCUCCUGCAGUGAAAGGCUUAUCUUUCAGCCCUAAUAACACAAUGGCAAAGCCAGUACUCCAGAAACCAGGAAGUCUCUCUGUUAAAGAGACAGCUGUAUCCUUGGUUAAAGAAGAUACAAAGAGAAAUUUCUAUGGGCAAUGGGCUCCAAUGAAGGAGGAAAACUGCUUAUUUAACUUUUCACCUAAAAGUGCACCCUUCCGAGCACGCUAGCACCUUUCACUCACUGCCCUGUGAACUAUUGGCAUUAUGCAUUACUUCCAGAAAUGAGGUCUGAAAUCCUCUUAUCUGGUUGAAUAUUUUUGUUAAGUAUUUAAAGAUGUUAAUUUUGACAUGUUAGAUUUUUUUUUUUCAGAUCUGAAAACACAGCACAAUGGCCCAGAAACUACACGUGGGAAUCUUAGGUAUAUAUUUGUAAAUACUUUUUUGUAUCACUAGAAUGGAGUAGAAAUUACAGGUGGGUAACUUCUCAAUGUUACUUUAGCAGCCACUGUUCUGAACAAUUGUAAUGCAUUGUUUAAGUAAAACCUCUGCUUUGUUCUUUAAGGCCCUAUAUAAUUCAGUUGAACUGUGAAGUUGCCCUUUGUUUCUAGUCUGAGCUCUGUAGGUGUAAAUUGGCAUUAUGUAAUUAGCUUUGAGUGAAUGCUGAAGUACUAAAGAGCAAAUAGGAAAUAAUCAGAUGCCCUCAAUAGACUUCAGGUGUUGGAGCAACUUGAUUUCAAGUUGACAAUGUUAAAUGCAUAUCCUGCUCUGAGUGAUUCUCUGGAAUACACUUUCUCAAAUCUCUCUGCAGAUAUUUGCAUUACAAUUGUAUGAUUGCCAUGCAGGAAUCCUUACUCAGUUAUGGCCCAGUCGUUCAUGUUUAAUCUUAAGGAAUCAGUCCCACUAUAUGUUGCUUUCUAUUUGGACUUCUAAAAUUGACAUUUAAUCACAGUUCUUGUUGUUGGUGGUGAUAAGUCUUUAAAACAAGCCUUGACUAAAUCACCACUACUCAGAUCUAAAAUGGUGGUAAUAAAAUUUACUCAGAUCCCCUGGACUUCAAAGCAGUAAGGAUAUAUUGAUGUGAAGCAGUUUACAUUAUCUUACUUUGUUUCCAGUCCUGAUCCUAUACCAGUGAUCUACAUGUGCCAGCUUGACAUUUGAAGCAUUGAUGUAUAAAGUGUGAUCAAGUAUUACUUCCUAGGGCUUAUGGGUAUUUCAUAACACUUAAUGUGAUUUUUUGUGGGGGGGAGGAUAGGGGGGACUGACUAAACUUGAAUUCAUGUAAAGGGUUUGCACAAUAAAAUUUGUAUUGAAUA